AGCUGGGAGCGGUCAUUUGGUCAUUUCUGCCCAGGGAAGUUGAGCCAGCGGUGUCUUAGGAGCAGAGGGACCCAGCUCAGGGCUGAGAGCUCAGAGCCGUCCAUCCCUUCUAGAAGGAGAGAGUCCGUGGACUGCCCCAGAAGCGAGAGAAAACGCUAGCCUUGAAAAGGGUCUAGGAACUUGGGAGGAACUGGUAGACGCAGAAGCUCCUAACGAGAUGGACCGAGUGACCAGGUACCCCAUCUUAAGCAUUCCCCACUCAUCCAAGGUCAGUGACCUGCCAAGUGACCUGGAAAGCCACUACACCUUUGACGUUGUUCAAGUGGAGUCGGUGUCUCCGGGCUGGGACAAGGACAUCGUUAGAAUGAAUUCUGGUGGCCAAAGCUUCAGAUUUAUCCCAGAGGAGACCUCAGGCCUGAGGAUGGUGACUGUCACUCAGGAAACUGUCCCCAUGCCCCACCAGACGCAGCAUGUCCUGAUUGAAAACCAGAGUGUCAACCAGUGGAACCCUUCUUGGGAGCGAAAGCCCCAGUCAGCGGUGGUGAAGACAGGACCUACCUACACCCUCCAAGCUUAUCCAGAGGAGUGGCACCCCGGGAAGUUGUAUUCAAGAGAGGAAGAGGAGGAGGAACAGCAACUGUACCACCUGGGCCCUGGUGAAAACGUUUUUCCAAAGAGGAGGAAGGAUUUAGAACGGGAGCGAGAGGCGGUCAUCCGGGAUCAGGUGGUGAAGAGGAACACUACGGUGGCCACUCGCUGGAGCUCCCUAGACGAGCUGGAUAAGAUCUACUCUGGCCAGGACCCCUCGCCCACCUCAGCCUCUGACUCUGAGAAGGUCAUAGAUACCGAACAGAUUGACUUCCUGGCUGCCCGCAAGCAGUUCAUGAAUUUGGAGAAGUCGACCUCCAACUCCCAACCCCCUCAGAAGCCCAUGGGAAGGACCGUGCAGAGUGCAAGGGCAUCACCCGAAACAGGCAGGGCUAAUGUUGGCCAAAGCACCAGAUCCCAUUGGUCUAGUAAGGUUGGCCUGACCAACGGUUAUGAUGUCUCCAUCAAAGGCCAGGGGAAGGACAAUGCUGAGGGAGCUAGGCCUGGCCUGGCUUUGGCCCCGACCUCCCGUGGCCACUCUGUGGGCCAGUUAUCCUUGGCAUCUGUGGAUGACGCCCGAGCCCUGGGCUCUGAGGAUGAGGAGCCAAAGGAGACACCCAUUGAGAGAGAGAUCCGGCGGGCUCAGGAGCGGGAGGCCGACCUCCGGCAGCAGCGGGGGCUGCAGCGAUCAGGCAGCCGGGAUGAGCUGGUGGAAAUCGCGGCCAGGCCGCUGUUGUCCAAUAUAAACCUGAUCUUCACUCCCACCCCCAAGAAAGGGAAGGAGAUGGGGCGGCCAUCAUCCUUAUACAUUCAGAGAGAGCUAGCCCUGGACACAAAGCGGGAGGAAGACCACCGCCGGCAGGUUGGACGCUCCGAGCCCACCAAUGAUGCCACUAGGGCCUCUACACCAAGCCAGCUGACCAGACACUCCGAGAUCCGCAAAGAAGCCCCCAAGAUAAGGCGAGUGCAGAGCUCUGACUCCAUUCUGAGUCUGACUUCGGACACCCACCCAGCGGAGGCCACUCUGGAAGGAAGGAAGAUUAAUCGCAUUCCGUUGGAGGCCUACCAGCCUUACCUGGGCCCACAUAGCACUAAGAAAGAGUUCCCGUCUUAUUCUUCCUACAAACAGGCUUCCUCACUGGGCUCCUGGUACCACACUAUGAACUCCAGGCGGGAGGAAGGUGUGGCCACACCUCCACCCUCCUCACAAAAGGCAUCCUGGGGUGGGGAGCAGAUCAGGGAACAGCCAUGGAAGUCGCAGGCCUCCACCAUUCAAAAGCAGGAGGUGUGGAGGUCACCGCCACAAGAGUCCACUGGAAAGGCCUGGGAUGCUCAGAAGCAGGGUGCUGCCCAUGCUAGCCAGGGUGUGGUGCCUCGAAGCUACUUCCAGCUACAGCCCCUGAAGGUCAAGGUCACCUCCUCCCCUGGAUCAGAGGAGGCGAAUGUUCCCCAGCAGGACCGUAUCUGGGAGCCCAAGGGCCAUGUUGAAGAGGUGGCCAUCCCCACCAAGCCCCUACGGUCCCAGUCAUCUAGCCUGCUGGAGAUGGAGAUCCAGAGUGUCCUGCAACGGGAGAAGGAACUGGAGGAAGAGCGGAGGAAUGCCUUGUUCCCAGAAGUCUUCUCCCCUGCUACCGAGCUGGACCAGCCAUUGGAAUGGGAAGGUCCAGACUCCAGGCACUCAUCUGCAGUUUCAGGUAUUACAGGAAGCUACUCUGUGUCUGAAAAGCCCACCUUCUCCCCUGUCCACUUCCACUCAAACUUGGUGUGGAAGGUGACAGAUCAGACACCCAGACAAGAUGUGACCUGGAGGACAAAGAGGGGUGGAGGGUAUGCAGGCCUUGAUACAUCUGAUGCUGUCAACAUAGAGAUUGUGGAAGCCACAAAGGUGACCCGACAUAAGAAUCCCAAGGCUACUCUCUGGGAAGCCAGAAUAUAUGCCAGUGAGGAUGAAGACUGAGCCCCCAAGUCUAAGCCAGGCACACGCCAAGCAAUAGCCAAUGCAGAGCUGGGGAGAAGAUGGCGCCCAGGCCUUCUCUCCCCACCUGACUAUCCCUCCCUAUCCUAAAACAAAACCCUAUCAUCAGCAAGUGGCUGAUGGAGAGAGACGAAGGCACGGAAAGAUUUUUCUCCUUGGAGACUUGUUUUUAUAUGAUCAAAGAAGCUAAAAUCAGGUGCCAAUAAUAUGGAAAUAUGGUUUGCAUGACUGCACAUGUAUAAUCUAUAUCAAAUU